UAUGGUUUAGAAAAAGUAAAAUGUCAGGGUGACGUGCAUGGAUCUCUAUUCGAUUGUUUUUAGAAAUUUAUUUUUCUUUACCUUUAUCUUUUUUCCCGAUUUUUUCAUUACCUAAUGCUGUGACAAAUACCGAGGCGUUAAGCCUCUAUGAAAAUGGUUCUAAACGCUGCUGUGCAGAUGCUGAGAGAGGCAGAUGAGCUAAAGGAGAAAAUAUUGAAAUUCAAAAGUGGCACAUCCAUGCUCCAGGACCGAAACCUCUGGGUCACUCAGCAACAACUACAAAAGGUAUAUCAAAAAGUCCUAGUACUGGACCUGGACUAUGCGCUGGACAAGAAGGUGGAGCAGGACCUGUGGAAUGUCGGCUUCAAGCAGCAGAUUGAGGCGCUGCAGGCCAUCGCUAAGGACAGAAAGAACCCAUCCCGAAGCGAGGGCCAGGCGAUGCUGUCGUGGGUGCUGCAGGCGGCCGCCGGCUUCUACCUGUGUCUGCUGCACCAGAUCUGCACCACCUUCAAACUUGACCUGCCGUUUAGACGCCGCGCGUCGUUAGUGGGCGCGGUGGAGGGCUGGUCCGUCUCGCCUACCACCGCCGCGCCCGCCGCCGCGCGCUACAUCGCGCAGCACUGCCUCGUGCACCUCGGCGACCUGCACCGCUACCGGCACCAGCUGAGAGCAGCUCACACGUUCUACAGACACGCCCUUAUAGUCUCGGCGCACUCCGGCCAGCCCUACAACCAGCUAGCCCUGCUAGCGUGGCGCCGCGGCCGCCGCCUGCCCGCGCUGUACUGGCACGUGCGCUCGCUGCUAGUGAGGGCUCCGUUCCCGCCCGCGCCCAACAACUUGGCUACUACGCUGCAUGCCGCGUGCCAUGGUGGCAGAGACUCAAAAGACCUCCCCGUCCUGCCGGGUAUAACGGAUGCGGCUCGCAAGGGCCCGGCGGUGGCGGCGGCGCGCCCGCUCGACCCGCGCGCCUACGUCGACACGCUGCUUCGGACCAUGCACUUGAUACACUCGCUGGAAGAAUUGGAUACUGUGGGAGAAUUAGUGGACACGCUAAAUUCAUCUCUGACUGCACUAGUAGCGACGGGUGGCUUCGAAUCAAUGACUCUUAUCAAGAUGAUAGUGGUCCUCAUCUGGCUGGUCCACUCCUCCACGGAAGGCCUGACCAUCCCCGUGGCCUCUCUCUCGGAGCGCGAGGCGACAGCAGCGCGGCACGGCGCGGCGCUGGCGGGCGGGGCCGCGCUGGCGCUGCUGCUGCCCACCUACACGCUGCCCGCGCCGCCGCGAGCCGCCGCUCCCGCACUGAAAGUGUGGCUGCAGUGGGUGACGUGCAACCCCGCGCUCCUCACGACCCCCGCGUUCCUGUCGCGGCCGCAGCUGUGGCCGGCGCUCGCGCACACGGCGAAUAAACUGCAGGAGGAGAUUGGGGACUUCAGCGGGGAGCCCUACGCCACCCUGCCAUUACCUGAAGACAGAGAGCUUCACGGGUUCGUGCCAAUAGAAGCGGCAUUAGCUGGUUUACAGCUGUCUCAGCACAGCGCCUGGGAGACCUUCGGAGACAGGAUACCCGCAGUGAAGAUAGAGGAGGCUGAUGCUGAUGACGACAGUUCCCCAUCGGAGCGCGCCCAGAUGCAGCUGCUCAACGACCCCGAGCUGCAGCACCGAGUGCGCUGCUGUCGGCUGCUGCAGCUCACGCGCGCGCUGGCUGACUUGACCCCCGACACGCUUAGUUACAGCACAGAGAACAACAUAACCACAUUCACGGCGGCAUCACUUGGGGGUCACCAACUCUCCGCCGCGCUGGGGUCGCUGACCCUGGCGGCGGCGCUGGCGGGGGACGCGGCGGGCGAGGGGGAGGGGGAGGGGCUCAGUGACAGUGAUGAUGAUGCGCCGCCGCCGCCCGCGCCUGUGAUUAUAUCGGAGCAUAGCUUUAGGGAGAAAGUGCGCGAGAAGCGCGUGGGCAUCCUGAAGCCGCAGGGGUCGCUGGAGCGCGCCCGCGAGGAGCGCGCGCUCGCCAGCACGCAGGAUGACGAUGAGGUGUCUGCGGAGGCGGAGGACAGUAAAAGCGACGACAGCAAGCGGGCGGAGCGGCGCCCGCGCAUGAACGUGGCCAUGGCCGCCAUCAUGCGCAAGCAGGAGGAGGUCAACAAGCAGGUGAAAUUCGUGACACCACCGCCAACCCCAGAUUCGAUCACUGAAAGCGCAGACGCCUCCACCUCUGCUAAAGACGCGAAGUCCAAAGUGGUUCAUCCAAAGGCAAUAAAGUCCCUUGCAAACCUUCCUAUAGGCAGAAAGACAGGAGGCAUCCUAUCCCUAAAGGACAAGUCAGCCGGGUACCCGCAUCUAGUCAACACUGAUCCAGAACCGCCGGUGAAAAAACCGGAGAAAGACGAGAAAAAGGAGAUAAAACUCAGCCAGUCCUCCCAGAACACGCAUCAGAACUAUCCCUUACCUAAGAAGCAAGAGCUUAGUCCAGGAAACUGGAGUGGCAACCCUACUGGACCGCCCGCGUACGGGGACGCCCCUAGAUUCAACCUCCAGCAUAAGAACGCAUACGGGCUUCAAACUACUGGCAUUAACUACAGCCCUAACUACCAGCAGUCAGUGAACAACCAGGGCAUCCGCUUACCUGUCGUCAACCCUAAGGAGAUAGAUGUCAGAACGGCUGCGCUGCAGAAGCAGAACCUCAGACAGGAGCCGUAUCAAGAACACAAGUUUAACCAGAAUUACCAGAUGUCUGGAGACAAGAAGAAUUUCCUAAGCGAUCUACCUCCACGCUUCGCCAACCAGUACCGCUACUGGCAGUCAGCCCAAGACAACACGCAAGAAAACAAAUUCAGGGAAGACAACUUCCUAGGGAAUACUCUGUUCAGUAACAACCAGCCUCAAAACAGACCCAAUUGGAUGAUGAACCAGCAAGAGCCGUUCCAACAGCCGCCUCCAUGGUGGCAGCCGGAUAACCCGCCACCAAACUUCGCGCCAAACUACACAUCGCCAUCUAUCAACCAACCCACGAACUUCUACAACCCCCCAAUGGCUAACCCUUUCCAAAACAUGCCUUCGUAUCAAAACCAAAACUUUGCUCAAAACAAACCUGAUAAUGCAACAAAUUACAUGCAUUCGGCAGUCGGACAGCCUCAAAUGCAAGUGCAGAAUGUGUUGCCGUCGCCGAAUUUUUCAGCUUUGAACAAUUUUGGGAGCUACGCGCCGACAGUGAGCUAUGACUCGUCUAUGUACCCUCAGUUCAACAAGCUCGGCUACCAGGGAGCCAAGGCUCCGCAGUACCAGCAGAAGGAAAUGGAUAUGGGGCUGGUGUUCGGAGCGGGGAUGGGAGAAAUGGCGCAGAGGAACCAGCUCAACUUCAAGGAGGGUGAUGCUUCGAAGAAUCGGGAUCAUAGUGAGCAGGCGGCGGGCGGCGCGGACGCGGGCAGCACCUACUCUCUGUUCAGCGGAGCCCCGCGAGACCCCUCCUGGGGCGCCGCGCAGCCGCAACAGUCCUUAUGGUCCGGGCCUGGCCCCUCCCCACUGGAGCGUCUACUAGAGCAGCAGAAGCAACUGAAGCAACCUCCAACAGAACCGCAUUGAGCACCCAACACUCUCCUUCACCAAUACUAUUUUUGAUAUACAGGGACUGACUACCAGAAAAAUAUAAAAAUGCUACCCAUUUCAGUUACAUUCCAGGGUUGAAUGUGUAUGGCUUUGUGUGAUUGGUGCUCGGUUAUGUAGCGAGCAGAUGAUUGGUCCAAUCGGUGUAGAAGGCGUGGCCUAAUAUUACAUCUAUGUAGUGUAGUGGGUGGGUUUAGUGGGUUAUGAAUUGAUAUGAAACAAGGAUAGAAAAUGGAACUUGUAUGAAACAAAUGGACUGAAAUGGUAGCGCGUAAAAUAUGAUAUUUAUGGUAAAUAAAUUCCCUCUUAAAAAAACUUUUAUCUUUGCUAAAAGCAAAAGACUUUUGAAUGGAAUUUAUUUUUAUAUUUUGUUUCUAUGGUUUAAAUUAUUUAGCUCAAUUAAACUUGUUGACAAAAUGUGAUCAUUUUUCAAUGUUUCUCUGUAGAUACUUUAUACAAUUUUGACAAAUUUUAUACCUAAAUUCAGUAUGUACACUUACUAACAAAUUGCUUGUAAAGUCUUAGUAGGUAGUAUAAUGAAAAGGAUCAUGUACAGUCGCGGAAAUAUCGGUACAUGCAGUUUAGUUGUUUCCGCUACUAUACUAUGACAGGAAUUCCACUAUUUUAAAUUCUACCUGUGUAUGAUUAUAAACGUUGUAAUUUUCAUAAUUGUUCAAUAAAUAUAUACUUGUCACUGCUAGUUUUGUUAUUAUAAGUGAAAAUUUAGUUAUAUGUUAAAAUAUACAAUGUAAAAGUUUGCAUAUUUGUAAUAAAUGUACCUAUUUUUGUUAUAAA